AUGAGCAUGAAUGUAGGUCAAAUGCAAUUACAGAAGAGGUUGGUUGAUUACAAGAACUCCCCGAUAACGGAGGGGAUCUUGGAUUCUCAGUACUUACAGCUUCUGGGCCUGCAAGAUGAGAGCAACCCAAAUUUAGUAGUGGAAGUGGCGUCUCUUUUCUUCACUGAUGCUGAGCAGCUGCUCAACGAUCUGUCCAGAGAACUAACUCAGCAAAAUGUGGACUUCCAACAGGUUGACGUUCAUGUGGACCGGUUAGAGGGCCAAAGUCCUAGCAUUGGAGCACCGAGACUUAAGAAUGCCUGCAUAGCCUUCCGCCACUUCCGCAACACAUGUCAGGAGACAAACAUUCCUGUUUACCUGAGAUGUCUGGAAAACAUGAGACAAGAAUUCCUCCUUGUGAAAAGCAAGCUUGAAACUCUUUUCAACCUAGAGCAACAAAUUGCGGCUGCUGGUGGGACGAUCCCAAUAGGGCGACCGCACCUCUGA